AGCUUCGAUUUCUAUUUUUUUGCACUUACAGGCUGACCAAAUCAAGGCUUCUGUACCUUCCACUUCCCAGUCAUCAUUUCCUGGUGCUCGUCCUGGUACUGGGUCAGCGUUGGGUCCUUCAAAAUUUACUUACAGGUCUCUCUUAGCUGACAUCAUUCAGCCCCAGGACUUGAAGGAGCUUUGCUCAGUGUUAGUGGUAUAUUCAGGAGAGGCUGCCAAAAUGCUUGCAGAGGAAAGAAAUACUGCGGAGAAGCAGGCAGAGGACUGCAGCGAAUGCUCACUGCCUUCAUCAACACAAGAUAACCAUCAAAGCCAAAAGGAUCAUGGGAUUAUGAAACCUUUGACUGAUGAUGUCUUAAGUGGAGACCAUGCCAAGAAGGCUAGCCCUGACACAUCUGUUUCAGAUGAAGUUGAUGUAUCAAAAAGAAGGCCAAUGUCUCCCAGUACAUUAGCACUGAUGUGUGACGAGCAAGAUAUGAUGUUUACCACCACUACAGUUAAUGGAUUAGUGGACCAUAGUACCGUGUCUUCCCAGUUGCAGCAAGGGAAAUGCCUCACUGAAGCCUAUAUAGAGCAAGAAAGAAUUGUUUUGACAAAAUUCCGUGAUUGUCUUAACCGUCUCGUCACGUUAGGAGAAAUAAAAGAAACGAAGUAUUCUUUGCUGUCACGACCAGAUGAAACAGAAAUAACCAGCAAUGACACUAUAAAUAUGAGAAGUGAAAGCAGGACUCAACAGCCUAUUAACAAUGGUGUUGCAAAAAUUACUGCCAUGCCACUCAUGACAUCUCCGACGGCUACUGCAAUAUCUCCCAGUAAUGACAACCACAAUUUGAUAAUAUCAUCCCCUUCUGAAAUGGGGGUGUAAACUCACGAACUGAAAAGGAGGUCUAAAAAGAGUUGAAGGUCCUAAACAUGCUGCUGCAUCUUUGUAAUAUCUUGCCAUUAUUGAUUAGGCUUUUCUUUGGUGCAGUUGUGAAAUUACAUUCUAUUUUUUUUUCA